AUGCGAGGUGUAAGGUGGAUGCUUCUGGCACUGCACCUUGUGUGCGCCAGGGCCACGCAUUUGGCACCGAUGCCUUGCGAUAGCAAGAGUGUGGAGAAGCUGGCUCUGCUUGCCAUGACCUACAUCAACGAAGACAGACAAACGGGAUACAAAUUCGCCCUCAACAGAGUCUUCAACGCCCACGUUCACCCCCAGGGGCCAGCCGGAAAAGUCUACUAUCUUGACUUGGAUAUCCUUGAGACCAAGUGUCAUGUCCUAAGCCCCAAAUCCUGGAAGCGGUGUGAGAUAAGGCCGUUCAUGGAGACACAAAUCUCUGGGAAUUGCAACACGACCAUUUUACACACAACAGAAGGAUUCUCCUAUCUGUACAGCUACGACUGCACUCUGGUUCCAGAUCCGCCCGAAAAGUUACAGAGGACAUGUCCAGACUGCCCCCUGCUGUUGGCUUUGGGCAGUGACAGGGCAGUGUCCGCCGCUAAGACGACCCUGCGUAGAUACACCCAGCAGAGCACGUUACCUAUGAGGCUCACCCUAGACACAAUUACCAGGGCCUCCCAGCGGACAUCCCCGACCGCGGCCAUCUUUGUGGAGUACACAGUGCAGGAGUGCUCGGUCUCGCCGGUCCAGGAGGUGCUGUGUGUGCCUGCAGACGCAGGCAAAGGGCCCAUCGGUUUCUGCACAGGGGCGGUUUUCGGCCCCGGCACCAUCCAGAUGAGCGUUAAGGUGUCCUGUGAAAUAUUCCACCCUCAGGUACUGUAAAUACCCCCGUUUGUUUUAUCAGACUAGCUGCCCAGGCAAGGGAAAAAGACUCUGGCUGGACAGGCGUCUCCGGUUGCUCUGCCCCUCGCUCCUGAUGGCCACGCCUUGACGUUUGAAGACGCCAAGCAGGGGUCCCUGCAGCCGCUGGUCAGUUCCCAUCCCUCCUCUUCUCCGGAGUCCAGCCAGUCCAGCGAGUCCAGCGAGGAGGAGUCUGUUUCGUCGGAGGAGCUGGUCGGGUCUGAGCGCAUCAUCCGGCCUCCACAGGACUUCCGCUACACGGCUUUGCGGCAGAAGAGGCAGGCGCCCGGAGAUUCCCAGCCUUCACCUAGUCCCGCGUUCCUGACCGUCUUCCCGGGAACGCCGUCUCCUUUCCGCUCCUGCCCUGGCGUCUCACGCUACACCACUGUGUAG